UGUUAGGUUAUUGUUUUUAGCAAAUUUUUCGUAGUUAUUUAUCUAAAUAUGUAUAACAUAAAAGGACCUAGCAAAUUUGUAGCAAAAACUACAAGACGCGGUUUACAACAAAAUAUAGACAAUUUGAGGGAUUUUAAUAAAAAUAAAACUAUUGAGAACGAAGAUAAUGAUUACAAAAAUGGUCCAAAGCCUGUAUUUCUCAAAAAAUCCUCACCAACUAGUCCAAAACACAAGGCCAUCACACCACAGCAUGAGGAAAUAAUAAAUUUUAUCCAUGAUUCAUGGAACUCUGUAUGUUCAGAAUUUGAUCAAGAAAGUACAGAAUGUAAUGAAGGUGAACAAACAGUGUGUUAUUAUGAGGAGGAACCCUGUAUCUCUCUACAAGAUUUUAAACCUUUUGACUUGGAAUCGUGGUGGGGAAAACGACUGUAUGCAUACGUCACAAAUUCCGCAAAUCAAAAAAGCUAAAUAUAAUUAAAUAAAAAAAAUAUCAUCUGAAGUACUCUUUAGGUUAGGAAUUAAUUUUAUUAUUGAAGAUUAAAGAGAAACGGUUUUAUUUUUUGUUUUAUCUUUAUUUGUUGUACUAGAAGUUUGUUGACUAUUUUAUGCAAUAUUUUUAAAUUGCCUGUUAUUUGUUAAAUAAAGAUUUUAAAGAUAA